GAAAGACAAAAACCCUCCUCGGGGGGCUUUUAAAUGCAAAAGACCAUCAAAGUCUCUCUCUCUCUCCCAGCAUCGUCACGCUCACUCCUAUGGAAGAAGAAAACGUAGAACAAGAAACCUCCUUCUCAUCUGAAUCUGCUCAUCCUCUCUUCUCCUCUUUCAUCACUCUCUCCACUCUCUUUCUCAUCUACUCUCCUAAUGCUUUCCUCCAAAUCCUUCUCUCCCCUGUUCUUCUCAUCUCCAUAUCCCUUCUCAUCUCUCUUCUCCACCUCGGAUCCACCACCCGAGAACCGAACACCCGACCCGGAAAAAGCAAAGAAAGAGAAGCUAAAACCGUGAAGGAGACUGAAGAAGAAUCUGAUGUUUUGUUUGACGUUUAUUCCUUGUCCGAAGCAACCAAACAAGAUUCCGACACAAGACAUGAGUUUUUGGAGUGGGAUUUAAGAGCGCCAUUGGAGGUUAUACACGAAGAGGACGAUGAAGAGGAUGAUCCGACCCGGUUUAGAGAAAUGGAGAGAUACCCGUCGUUGUCGCUAUGUUAUCCAGAAACAGAUUCUGGAUCGGAUUCGGAUUCUUCGUCGGAGUUUACUUUUCCGGAGAUGAGUAGCUGGAUGUCGCCGGAGAAAAUGGGAUACAAGUGGGAAGAAGAGGAGGAGGAGGACGGAGGAGCAGCUGGUUUGAUUGAGAUAAAGCUUGACGAUGAGUUUAAGAAGAAGAGUAAACGGAAUCAAACAGAGAUGGAUUUUCAUGCAGAGGAAGAAGGUUUGAUCGAGAUCGAUCUUUUUACAUGAUCAUCGUGAGACUGAUUGAUUGAUGUUAUUUCUUUUUUUGUUGCUGUCAAGUUUCAUAAUGAUUUUGCUGAUUAGAUAGGGAAAAAAAAAAAGGAAUGGUAUUGGCUAAUUUCUAUACAGGUAUUAUGUAUUGUACAAUUUGAUAUAUGUGUGUGAGGAUUAAUUCGAAAUUUUGAACUUCUACAAAAAGGAUUAGUC